CACCACCUGGGCAAACCUACACCAAAUAAUAUCGCAAUCGCACAAACAAUGGCGACGUUCCGCCAACUCCUCUGCUUCCCAGCAUCCACCCGCACCGCGCUCCUCACCCCCCAAUCCCACACGCGAACAUACACCCUCCUCGCCCAACACCCGCGCUACAUAUCCCUCCCGCGCGUCCUGCAACCGAGUUUCUGGUCGUCCAUGAUUCCGAAGCCUUUUAAAUCCUCCUCGUCCUCAUCCUCAUCGUCCACACAAUCCAAGGAAUGGAAUCCCGCAACGCCGUACAUAAUCCUCGGAUUGCUGGUCGGCAGCCAAGCGAUCCAGAUCCUGUGGCUGAAGCAAGACCAAGGGCAUAGUUUACGGAAGGCGGAGGCGAAGAUUGGGUUGCUGAGGGAGGUGGUGCAGAGGGUGCAGAGGGGCGAGGAUGUCGAUGUUGAGGGGGGGUUGGGGACGGGGGACGAGGGGAGGGAGGGGGAGUGGGCGGAGAUUUUGAAGGAUAUGGAGAAUGAAGAGGUGCUGUUUCAGAGUAAGAAGAAGAGGGCGGCGCUGAGGAAGGCGGCGGAGGAAGAGGCGGCGCGAGAGGAGAAGGAUGGGGAAGAGAAGACGGUCAGCAUGAUGGAGGAAGGGAAGGUCAAGGUGGAAAGCGUGAAUGGAGUGAGGUUUUACUGA